AGACCGAGGCUCAGCGAACGGGUGGCGGUUUUAAUUAGUGGUGCCGUGCACGCGCAUUGAUAUGGCAGGUGUUUGAAGCCGAUAAUCAGACGGAACCUCUCCCACUCCCGAAUCUCCGCCGCUUUCAGGACGAGCACCUUCACUACCAUCUGUGUUUCUCUCACCGGAGAAGAGCUUGCAGGAUGAACAGUAGUGGGCCAGUGUACCCUUUGGCCUCGCUCUAUGUAGGAGACCUGCAUCCUGAUGUCACAGAGGCCAUGCUAUAUCAAAAGUUCUCCCCUGCGGGGCCCAUCAUGUCCAUCCGAGUAUGCCGGGACAUCAUCACCCGCAGGUCCCUCGGCUAUGCCUACAUCAAUUACCAGCAGCCUGCUGACGCGGAAUGUGCGCUGGACACAAUGAACUAUGAAGUGAUUAAGGGUCGGCCGAUCAGGAUUAUGUGGUCACAGCGGGACCCUUGUCUGAGGAAGUCAGGAGUGGGGAACAUCUUCAUCAAGAACAUGGAUGAAUCGAUCGACAACAAGGCACUUUACGACACCUUUUCAGCUUUUGGCAACAUCUUGUCAUGUAAGGUCGUAUGUGAUGAAAAUGGCUCAAAAGGUUACGGGUUUGUGCACUUUGAGACGCAGGAGGCAGCAAAGCGAGCCAUUGAAACCAUGAAUGGCAUGCUCCUGAAUGAUCGCAAAGUAGAAGAGGCAGGUAAAGAGCUGAGAAGCUCUCCAGGUCCAGUCUGUCCUUUGGGGAAACUGUGUCAGCUGUCCAUGUUUAGUUUUGUUGGACAUUUUAAAUCUCGUAAAGAGCGAGAGGCAGAGUUUGGUGCAAAGGCAAUGGAGUUUACCAACGUGUACAUCAAGAACUUUGGAGAUGAUUUUGACAACGAGAAAUUGCGCAGUAUCUUUUCUGUGUUUGGCAAGACCCUGAGUGUACGUGUGAUGACUGAUGAAAAGGGGCGUUCUCGUGGCUUUGGCUUUGUGAACUACGAAAACCAUGAGGAUGCACAAAAAGCAGUAGCUGAGAUGAACGGAAAGGAGCUGAAUGGACAAGUUCUGUAUGUGGGCCGGGCUCAGAAGAGGUUGGAGAGACAGUCUGAGCUCAAACGCAAGUUUGAGCAAAUCAAGCAAGAACGCUUAAACCGAUACCAGGGGGUGAAUCUGUAUGUCAAGAAUCUGGAUGAUGGUAUUGAUGAUGACAAACUGAGAAAAGAGUUUGCCCCCUAUGGCAUGAUCACCAGUGCUAAGGUGAUGACGGAGGGAGGGCACAGUAAGGGUUUCGGCUUUGUUUGCUUCUCCUCUCCUGAGGAGGCAACUAAAGCUGUGACUGAGAUGAAUGGCCGAAUUGUCAGCACUAAGCCUCUGUAUGUUGCCCUGGCCCAAAGAAAAGAGGAGCGCAAGGCCAUACUCACCAACCAGUACAUGCAGAGACUGGCCAGUGUGAGAGCCAUUCCCAGCCCUGCCAUGCCUGCUUACCAGCAAAAUUCUGGCUACUACCUCCCUUCCAUACCUCAGCCCCAGGGACGUGCCUUCUACAAUGCUGUACCAAAUCUAAGACCGGCACCACGCUUUACUGCUCAAGCCCCGAGACCACAGGCUCCUUACUCAGCUCAGACACUGAGACCGGUAAUGCAACGCAGAACCUCCACCCCCAUCAGCACUGUUCGUCAGGCGUCCACCCAGGUUCCAGGUUUGAACACUCAGAGAAUGGUGCACAUCGGUACUCAGACAGCAGGUGGGCGAACUGUAGGAGGGCCAAUGAUGAGGGGUGUCAGUCAGUACAAAUACUCAAGUGGGGUUCGAAAUGUUCAGCAAGUCAUCACUGUACCAGCUCCCGUUCCACAACAGAUGGUGCCUUCUCCGGUUAUGGAGCCUGCAGUGCAUGUAAAAGGUCAAGAACCUCUUACUCCAUCAAUGUUGGCAGCCGCACCCCUUUUGGAGCAGAAACAGCUAUUAGGUGAACGUCUGUAUCCGCUGAUCCAGGCCAUUCAUCCUAACCUCGCUGGCAAGAUCACUGGCAUGCUGCUCGAAAUAGACAACUCUGAACUUCUACACAUGCUCGAGUCUCCAGAGUCACUACAUGCCAAGGUUGAUGAGGCAGUGGCUGUUCUUCAAGCUCAUCAAGCGAAGGAAGCCUCGCCUAAGAAAUAGGGAAUGUUUUCGCAGGCAUGAACAUGGAAGGUCCAUUGGUUUUGCAGAAGGAGUGAAAAUGUAAUAAGUUAAUAAAUAAAAGUAAUGGUGAGGGGAGAAUAAUCACUUUCAAACACUUGAAAGACAAUGGCACUUUUGCGAGUAGCUUUUACUCGUAUCAAUACUGUUCUGCACUGUUUUGUUAAUUGAGUUUUGUUCUAGAAAUUGAGUGGGGAGGAAAAAGAAAAAUGCAAAAAAAAAAACGAAAAAAGAAAAAAAAAAUGUGCAUUAAAAAUAUUUUGGCUUACCCACAACCAAAUUAUCAUUUUGUUCAUUAUAUUUAUGUUCUAUGCAGGUUUUGAGUGUUUCUGGUAAUUGAACCUGUAUAGAGGAAAAAUCAAAAACUAAUCCUAAUGUAUGCAUGAAGUUUGGUUUAAUUUUAAGAUUUAAGGGUGUUUUUAGUAAUACAGUUUCAUGCUUGUUUCUUAACAGAUUAA